CUGAUGUUUAUGUGAAGGUGGCCUGAUUUCCCCUGGAGCAGCGCUUCUUAUCGCUUCAACAGCUCUGGGUUCUAGUCUUAUACAGACUCUUGGAUAUCCACUCGUGUUUUUUUGGUCUACAUUGGCUAGCAUCUAUUUAGACGCGUCCUGAAAAUGACGGAUCUUUCCAGCUCGGAGUUUGAGAUCGACGUGGAGGGCCUGGAAACGGAGAGCGAUGAUCAGGCGGUGUUCACCGAACCCGGGGAGGAGGACGCGGGGACCAAAGACGAUGACAAAAGCAGCCGCUUGAACCUCGGCUCUGGAGACCAGCGCAAAAUGAGCCGCACUCCGAAAUGCGCCCGCUGCAGGAACCACGGCGUGGUGUCUUGUCUGAAGGGGCACAAGAGAUUCUGCCGGUGGAGAGACUGCCAGUGCGCGAACUGCCUGCUGGUGGUGGAGAGACAGCGCGUAAUGGCUGCUCAAGUGGCACUGCGGAGACAGCAAGCGACCGAGGACAGAAAGGGAAUAUCCGGGAAGCAAAUUCCGGUGGAAAGAAGAAGUAUAUAUCAGCGACACAUCCGUCCAUCGACCAUGCUGGCAAAAAGUAUUUUAGAAGGAUAUCGUCCAGUGCAGAACGACCCGUUUCUGGGUUCUGCUCUGCCCCCUCCUCUGAGCGACCGCAUGAGGAAGAGACGAGCCUUUGCCGACAAGGAGCUGGAGACCAUCAUGCUGGAACGAGAGUAUAAAGAACGAGAGCUUCUCGAGUCCAACCAGCCCAGCUCUGCCUCGCUCUUCCUCCCUGGCAGUAUGGUCCAUGCUGCUGAGUAUAACUCCUACAAGACGGCCUUCUCAUCCUCCUCGGCCUCUUCCACGGUCGAACCUUCUCCCAAAGAUCUGUGUGGUUUUCUGCCCGGCUGUCUGGAUCUCUCCCUGCAGUAUGCUGCCACAGGUGGGACGACAGCUAACAUGGAGCUCAUCUCCUCCAAUGUGAGCGUAGCGACCACCUACCGCCAGUACCCGCUCUCACCGCGCUUCGUAAUGUGGCCGCGGGGCAGCAGCGGUAUUAGCGAUGCCCUGUUAUACCAGCAGUGUCUCCUGAACGCCACCGCAGUCCAGAACUUGAAACCUGGAGCUGUUUGGGAUCCAAAGAUGAUGACCUCCACCGAGAGCCACCCGCCCGAGCAGGAGCCGGCCGCGUCCAGGCUCGAGGGCUCUCGAGUGGCUCCAGAGCCGUGUGACCUCCAGCCGGGGCCCAGAGAGGCUCAGACAGGACUCGGCCAGAACGGAAAUGCCCGUUCAGCCUUCUCGCCUCCUAAGAGGGUGUAUGGACAAGCUUUCCCUCCGCACGCAGGGAGCCAUGAGCAUGUGAUCAACAACAUGAGCAAAGACACUGCCAAGCGGCCACAAGUAAAUGCAGCAAUUCAGAGAGUAAAAACGGACAGCUAA